AUGGCGCUAGAACUGCCCAAAGCCGCACCAGGUCAAAGUACCAUGUCGCAAGUCAAAUCGGAAUGGAGUUUGGAUUUGGCAACGAGAGAAAUUAGUCGAAAACUGCGAGGAGCAGAGCUUAUAGUCAGGGCCGCAGAGCUCACAAAUAAUGGAAGCUUUCAACUCAACAUCUUGGGAGAAUUCGAAACAAGUAUCCCAAAAGCAGAGCUUCGCAAGCGCUGUCAAACAGCCUGGUGGCUGACCAGACAAAGCUUGCCACUGGUUGGCGUCACUCUGGGCUCUGACCAGGCCUUUCUCAAGCUACUGCAGUCUGUGGAUGAUGCCGAGCGUUGGAUAUCGGAGACGUGUCUUUUUGAGGACAAUGUCACUUGCGAAGAGGUUCUGCUCAAGCAAUGUCGCCAGAUAUCAGACGUCACGACCUUGACAGUGAUACUCGAGCCUUCGUCGGGCCGUCAAGGUUGCGUGCUGAACAUCUCCCACACACUCACCAGCCUUGACGUGUAUCGAAUCAUCGACUCCUUUGUGAGCAACCUGUCAGCAAGAGAGUGCGAUGCCGACUUUGCGCAGUCCUUUUCGCCCGAAAGCGCCAGUCUCCUCCCCAGAUUGCCGCAGAGUCUCAGCCACGCCUACACCAGCCAAAACGCAGACGUCACGGCGGCACAGCGCGCCGAAGCCAUGACGAUAUACGAGCGUGCUCAGGCGCGAUGGGCGCGCCCCUCGAUUGGCAUUCCCACCCACGCCGGGCACCACACCCGCGCCAGUCUCAUGCACAACGAGCACGUCCGGUUUCCCGCGGCCCUGGUCGCGGCCGCGCUGGCGGCCGCGAAGCAGCACGGCGUCACGCUGACGGCGCUGUUCUUCGCCUGCAUCACGGCCGGCAUCCAGGCGCGCUACGACGGGCCCCCCGACGACGAAGCCGACGGGGGCGCGCACCUCGUCUUCAGCGGAAACGCGAAGCGCUGGGCGGCCAUCCGCGCCAGCGAGCGCCACGCGCCCGUCGGCAUGAGCAUCCUGCCCGGCGCGCUGUGGCUCGACAGGGCCGACCUCUGCGCCGGACCGGCGGAUGCGGCGGCGCAGAACGUGUUUGCGCUGGCGCGCACCAUCCAGGCGCGGCAGCAGCAGGACCUGGCGUCGCAGCACAUCAUCGGCGUCUACGACGAGCUCGCGCCGCGCGCGUUCCAGGCCGCCAUGGGGUCGUCGACGCCGCCGCCCGCGGUGCCGGCCGUCAGCAGGCCGACGUUGACGUCCCAGGGCGAGUUUGCCAAGCAGGCGGCGCGCGGCGCUGCUGCGGCCCGAGCGAGGCUGGUGCACUUUCGCUCCGGCGGCCGCAACACGGAUCCGAAUGUCUGCUUUGCGCUGUAUAGCUUCCGCGGGGACAUGCGGUGCAACCUGCUGUUUGAUGGCAAGUACUUUGACAGGGAUGACGUUGUUGGGCUCAUGGACAACAUCAUGGCUCUGUUCAGACGCGCCGCCUUUUCGGGGGAGAAUACCACCUCGUCAAAGAUCUAG